GUUGGUUUGAUCGCGCGGAACUUGGAUCCUGUGCCUCGGUCACAUACAGUUAAUGACACUUGUAUCAGACGGAGUGCAACACAUCAGGGAGGAUGUUAUUUUCCUAGAGGAUAAAAACUGUGAAGUUCUCGGUUCGUGCGGCCUACUGCGGUUUUCCCUUCGAUCAUCGUCCCGUUUCCAUCUGCUGACAAGCAGGGCAAAGUAGGCAUCCUGCUGUGGUUUAAUUUCGUACAGUUCGUAGUAAGAACUGGUGCAAGUGUCUACCAGCCCCCCACUCCCCUCACCCGUCAGUACAGUGUAGUAGCUAGCGCGUUGGUGAAGCAUCCUUCGGAUAGAGAAAAAGUGAUACUUUGUUUGUUGGUGGUUUCCGGUUUGAGGAGUAGAUUUCAGCGAGAGAGUGUGGCAAUCAAGGAUACAAACGAUUACCGAAAGAAGAAAAAACAGAUUGGCAGCUGCAGGGGAAAAAAGGCCUCCCGGAAAAUAUUGAUUGCAACAAAGUUUAUUUUUUGCUGCCUGCUUGGAAGCUCCACAGUGUGUACCUCUAUCUGAGGAGGAAGCAAAAUAAAUCAUCACAGAAGAGUGGCAAAAAAUCUCGGUGAGCUUUUAGUUCGUUUUUUUUUUUUGAGUUUGGAGUACACAGAAUCGUGCCAGCUGUGCGAGUGGUGUAGGCUUGAAAUUCGUUGUGGUUUUGUACUUUUGUUUUUGUGGAGCGGAACAGCUGCCGUAGUGGGACAUCAGGGGGACAAUCACACUGAAUGGAUGCGUUGUUUGAUUCUUCUGGGCCUGACGGAGCGGUACCUUCCGUCACAGUGGCGGUGGAGGAAAUGGUGUGCAAAUAUUAAUAACAAAAGUGCGUAACUGAAUAACUGACGGCGGAAAAGGUCUGCCGAUAAAAGGUGAAAAUUUGUGAGCUUGCCGGGGUUGUUUGGUAAAAAGAACACAGGAGGAAUAUUGUUCCUGGAGUUUUCGGAGCAAAGGAUCCCAUUGUCGGUGGUUGCGUUUCGUGGAAAAUCAAGUGAGCGAAGUGAAUAAAACGGUACCACCUGAAUGAUGAAGGUCGUAAUGAACCGGUAAAUAGCCUGUGGCCUGUGGAAAAAGUUGUGCGAGAAGAGUUGGAAAAAGUUUAUUUUGGUGAAAUGCUGAACUGGCGCGGAUAACAUCUUGGAUAACAUCUUCUUCAGCCAGGGAACCGUUGUUGAUGCAUCUAUGUGGAACAAAAUUCAUCGAGAGUUACGCCGAAUAGAAAAAAAAAAUAAAACAGACCGCAGCAGUAGAUCUCUUGUUGGAAUCGGUUACUGUUUUUCAUUGAGAUGUUCGGAGUUGCAAUAAGUGGUGGUGAAGUGAAAGCAAAUACUAGAGCCAGUUGAGUGAUGUACCGCUUUUACCGGGAAAAAGUUUCCGUCGCCAACGAUUGCAAGUGAAUCCUUGCCUAAGCAUCUCGCUGUUCCGGUGGAUAUACGUUGGAUUUUGAUACGAAAAGCACCGAUCGGCACCUUUCGCAUGGCUCCACCUUGCUGAUCUUUCCUACUCGAUGAACCCCGCAGCACCGCUCGGAAAAGCAUGGUUCGCAUGGCAGGCUCCAAGCUGCUGGCACGGCUUCUUCUGCUGAUCUCCUCGGUUACGCUGGUGUCGCUGCUGGCCCUAACCCGGUGCGGUCUCGGUGGCCUGAUCGCCACCGAACACGGUCUUGCCACCGGUGAACGCGGUGCUCCACAGGCCCUCGUCGGCCCGGCUGGCGAUGAAGAGUACGGUGCUGGUCCCAGCUCUGGGAUCCGGGAGUCCUCCGCUGCGCUAUCUUCGGCGAAUCGUUACACGAAUGAUGAACAGCAGAAUGGGUAUAUGCAGAUGUUGCAACAGCGCGAAGAGGAAAACCUCAAGGAGGUAGCGAAGCUAACGGCCGAGAUCAAGGCACUCAAGUUGCAGAUCUUGCAGCUGAAGAAUGUUCAACAGGUUUCGACCGGUGAACUGCUCCCGAACGGGAGCAUCAGUAGCAGCGGUGGAGUAGCGCAGAAUUCUCCCCAAACGCCAACCAUUCACGACUGUUCGAUUUUCAUACGGCGGCAGGUCGGAUCUGCGGAGAUACUCCACGGGCUUCCGUUGAACAAUGAAUACGAACUGAUUCCGUUCAACCACUUUACGUUCAGCCGGGUUUACCCCAUCGAGCUGGGAUUGGGCAAACGGGUAGUUGAAAAACCGAUCGGGUACAAGCGAAGAGAUAUCCUGGGGGCGUUGAACAAAGCGAUCGAGACGUUGAACCGGAACAUAACCUCGAAUAUGAUGAAGUACACGUUGGAUGACUUCACCGAAGGUAUCUAUCGCAAUGAGCCGACCACGGGAACUCAGUAUGAGUUGUACUUCCGCACGAAGGAGGUUAACAAAAGUGUGUCGUCCAGUGGGCAACAUCACGACACUCAUGGCAUUCAUGGAACGACCAAGCUGCUCGUGAUGAGACCAUUUGCUCCGCUGCAGACGAUUCAGAUGGAAGCGUUCCCAAAGCAGCAGGAGAAGGAACUGAUCCAUAUCAUACUGCCUCUGUCCGGAAGGACGUCAACGUUUCAGAGCUUCAUGGACAAGUACGUGAAGAUAGCGCUGAAGCACGACAAGAGGGUGCACCUAACGGUGGUGUACUUUGGAGAAGACGGCUUGUCGGAGGCAAGGUCGAUCAUGAGCCGCGUGAUCGGCAUGAAAAACUCCGGAGGGAAUUCGUCCAACCUGAAACUGUUGGCGUUGAACGAGACGUUCUCGAGGGCGAAAGCCCUGCGAGUUGGUGCUGAAAAAGUCUGGAGCAGCAAUGUAGAUAAGGACAAGGACGUGCUGCUGUUCAUGUGUGAUGUAGAUAUAGUAUUUAGUGCUAAAUUCUUAGAUAGAUGCCGCUGGAACACCAAACCCAACAGAAAGGUCUACUACCCGGUGGUGUUCAGCUUGUACAAUCCGCACGUGGUGUACACGCUGCAAGGCAAGGAAGUGCCUCCCGAGACGGAUCAGUUGCUCAUCUCGAAGGACUCCGGCUUCUGGCGGGACUUUGGAUACGGCAUGACCUGCCAGUAUCGGUCCGAUUUCCUCAAGGUGCGCGGUUUCGACGAGGAAAUCAUCGGGUGGGGCGGCGAGGACGUCAUGCUGUACCGGAAAUAUGUGCGAUCGCACAUCAAGGUGAUUCGGGCAACGGACCCGGGCAUUUUCCACAUUUGGCAUCCCAAGGUUUGUACAGGGGUGACUGCGGGGCAGAAGCUCUCCGUAGAUCAGUACCGAGCUUGCAUUCGGUCCAGGGCGUUGAACGAAGCCUCCCAUGCACAGUUGGGCUUCCUGGCAUUCCGAGAUGAUAUCGUAGCGAACGAGGGGAAGAUUUUGAGUGGACUGAAGCAUGAAAACUCGAGUAAGGUGGGUCACAAGGUUAGUAAAAAUGGUAACACCAGCAAUGGAGGCAAUAAGACGAGCAAGGACUCGGACAAGAAGCUUACAACGACAGAUCACAAUAAGAAGAACACAUGAUCCUUCAUGAUACAACAUCAGGAAAGCAUCUGGCGGAUAGAAUUCUAGGUAAGAUCCUUUUGAUAUAGGACCAAUAGUUGAGGUUAGGUAUGUAGGCAGCAGUCGCGUAGGUUUUGAGAAUUAAAUUCCUGGUGUUUGUAAAAAGAUUGCUCCAGAAGGCCCAUGAGAUUUUAUUGGACAGUUGUCAUUCCGUUGAGGUUAGGUUUUAGUCUACAAAUACAACCUGUAAAUAAACCAAGUAGGAUAACAAUUUUCCCCCUUCCUAGCCAAUAGAUUGCAAUUUGAAAUGAAGACAUUUUAGAUCAAACAUAGAAAGAAACAAAUCAAAAUAUACCAUUGCUCAAGCUUUCCCUAAAUUUAACGGAAAGCAAACAGUUUACGGUCAGUGAGCAAACAAGCAACUGUCAGAAGGCUAUUAAAUCAUUUUUCUCUGAUGACACCUCUCCACCAUAUUGUGACGUGAUGUGAUUGGUGACGGGUGUCACGCAUAUCGCGGACAAUAUUGCGAUUGUCGCCGGAACGCAAGCGCAGAUGAUAACCGGAAUGGUCCGGAAACGAUCGUGCAUAGUAAAUAGAGCGAUUCGAAAA